GACCAGGGAACAUUAAUUGCAAGUAAUCAAUCUUGAUAUAUUUAAUACAUGUUCAAUUACCAUAAAUGUGAUCCUGUCAGUUUAACACUCUUAGGAAUUCUCGUUUUGCAAAAGGUAAUCGAUGGGUGAAAUUAACCAUGCGUGUGAGCAUUUUUGUUUUUAAUAGCUUGUGAAAUGACCUCUUGUAACGUUUGCAUUCACUCUUGUUUUGUCAGAUGCUGAGCUAUUUCCACAAGCAAAAUAAAUGUCGCCAGGGAGUUGAGGAGGUACUUUACAGACUAUAUCAACCUAUUCUUUGGAGAGCACUGAAGGCCAGAAACUCAGAAGUCCGUUCAAAUGCAGCGUUUCUAUUUGUUGAUGCUUUUCCUAUUCUGGAUCCACAUAUUAGCAAAGAAGACAGUGAAAAUGAAAUUCAAAGACAAUUUGAUGAGCUCUUUGCUCUCCUAGAAGAUCCUCAGCCUCUGGUCCGUUCUACAGGGGUGCUCGGUGUCAGUAAAAUAGCACUCAAAUAUUGGGAGUUGAUUCCUGCCACGGUGCUUGCUGACCUCUUAAAAAAACUAGUUGAGGAUCUCGCUUUCGAUACAACUUCUGCCGAUGUUCGCUGCUCUGUUUUUAAAUGCUUGCCUAUAAUUUUGGACACCGUCCUAAGCCACCCAUUAUUGGAACAGCUCCUGCCAGCCCUGAAAUACAAUCUCCAUGACAAUUCUGAGAAAGUUAGAGUGGCUUUUGUUGAUAUGUUGCUGAAAAUUAAGUCUGUCAGGGCUGCGAAGUUUUGGAAGAUCUGUCCUAUAGAGCAUCUCUUGACUCGCCUUGAGAUUGAUUCGCGGCCUGUCUCACGGCGCCUGGUAAACCUUCUGUUCAGUUCCUUUUUGCCUGUUGAUCAGCCUGAAGAGGUGUGGUGUGAACGUUGUGUCACGCUAAUCCAAAUGAAUCCUGCAGCAGCAAGGAAGUUCUAUCAGUAUGCUUAUGAGUACACUAGCCCAGCCAACAUAGCUAAAUUGAUGCUCACCAUUCAGAGCUGUGUGAACACCUGCAUCCAGGAAAGACUGAGGGCACAUGACAGCGAGGACGAAGACAGUGAGAAAGAGAACACAAGUAUGCCAAACAAUGUGUUGUCAGUUGAUGACGUACCUGCCAUGGGAGGCUUACUUGAGGUGGUUGUAAUUCUCUGGAGAAGCAUUUGCAAAGCCCUUGAUCGCAAUGAAGGAGCCAAAAAUCACAUAGUCAGAAAAUUUGCUUCUGUGCUUGGAGACUAUUUCAAAAUGUUUAAGGAUGAGCGUUGCAUCUCUCCACUGCUUACCUUGGCGUCUUUCAUGCCACCUGCCGCUAUUCCAGCAUUCAGUUGUGGUGUGAUUUCUAAACUGAGGAAUCUGGCAAAUGGUGCGACGGAUGAGAAAUACUCUACCCUAAUAGACUGCCUAUGUCGUUGGGGAAAAGUGGGGCACAUUCUUGAAUUAAUUCAUGACUGGAUAAUUGCUGAGCCGAGCAGGAGAGAGAGUGACGGGACUUCUAGACGGCGAGUGCGUAUUCAAGAAACGCAUGAAUCGAAACCAGAAUUGGCACUUGAUUAUACAGAGUACUUACUGACUCAUCACAUGAAUCGGGAGAGUCUUCUCUCACUCCCCAAAGAGAAACUGAGUCAACUUUUGAAAGUUCUUGAAGCCACAAAGGUUGUUUUAGACUCUAAUAUUAGAGGAACGCAAACAAGCUUGCCUGGUUUUCAUCAAGCCACUGCUCUGAGAGCCUUCAGUCUGUAUUGUAGAUUAAGUAUUCAUCUUCAGUACAAGUUUGCUUCCGAAGAACAGGAUUACCUUUCAGUUUUGGAGGAAACAGGGACUUGGAUAGAGAAUACAGUCCUACCUGCUUUUUUAACGGAAGAACAAGAAGGCAACUUGGAUCAGUCCAGCGAAACUUCUCAGCUAGUCAUUCAGACUUACCUGACAGUAUGCAAGAACUUAAUAGCCAUUGGUCUUGGAGAUAUGGAGUUUCAAGUACACCUUCUGAAUAUGGCACUUGUGGUCACAUGCAAAGAUAGAGGCUACGUCUUCAUUCCAAUAUUACUUUGCAUUCUGAAAGAGAUGGUCGAAGCUUCUUUAGCUCACCCUCUAGAGAGCAGCGGGCAUAUGGCUGAGCUGCUUGACAACGUGCAGAACAUGUUCCAGAGAAUUCUAGAAUGUUUGGCAAUCAGGCUCAGAAAUCGGCGGGAAGAAGGAAUUCAGUUAAUUCGCUCUGUUCAGGAACCUCUUGGCGAAUUCAUACACCUGGUCCAAGGCUGUGCUGUGACUUGUCCAGUCAUUCACCACGGAGUCCUUUCGUCCGUGCUAGCUGCCGUUGUGGUUGAGAUAGGUUAUACAUUGCAGCAGAAGGCGUCCAGUCCGGAAGAGCUGACCCCACCUAAGACUUAUUCAGAGCUUCCCCCACUUUCAUAUGCUUUAAUGGGAAUAGUGAUAAAGUCGGCAAACGUCGGCAGGUCUUUUUUAAACGAGUUAACGGAAAACAUUGUGAAUGACGAAAUUGAAGGAAUUCAUAGCAUUACCUCAGCUGUAUAUAUUAUUGCUUUAAUUAAAGGUAAACAUAAGCCUUCUUAUAUCAAAGAUACUGCAUCUACCCUUCAGAGGAAGCUCACAACAUACAGCGAAAUAACCAAGGAAGAUGUUAGCAGCACAAAACGAACCCUGUAUGAAUUUGCUUUGCUUGUUUUGGAAGAAAUACUGCGUCCGUGACCACUAAAGUAUUUAUAAGUCAAGGAAACAGAAAAGAAGAUUCGUUGGUCCCCUCCAGAAGGAUCCGCUCUGUACAGUUUGUUGCUGUGGGGUGGAGGGGCGGCAAUAACGAACUGUUGAUUGAUGUUGUCUUAAAAAAAAAAUUGGCAUCAGCUGGUGCAGAUAAUCUGUAAAGACAAAAAUCAGAAUUAUAUAUAUUCAUAGCAUUCAUGUGGAAAUGUUUUAUAAAUACUGAAAUAUGUUAUGCACUGUAUUUAAAAAUGCUUAAAAUAUAUGUAGAUUGCCUUCUGAAUAUACUUUUUGCAAAAAACAAACAAACCCAAAAACCUUGAUUACUUCCUUGAGUUUGAACAGCCUGAAUCUUCAAAUUAAAUGUUUGGGGGAUUUAUAGUAGCAUUAAACCAGACAGGCUAAUUCAAACAUGCAGCCUAAUGCAGAGUUAAUGAAACAAUAAGUGGCUGGUGUGGUGUAAUGGGUAGACUGUCAGACUGCGAUCCUGGAAGACCUGGAUUCAAAUCUUCACGUCUCCCAUGGAAACUCACCGGGUGACCAUGGGCCUACCUUGAACUCUCGGCCUGGCCUACUCCUCAGGGUUGUUGUUAGAAAACGAAGGAGCGGAGAAUGAUGUUUUAAGCUACUUUGAAUCUCAGUUUGGGAGAAAUGUAGGGUAAAAAUGCAAAGGUAAAUGUCCUUCAUAUAUGGUCUGCUUUUAGCAGAAGCUCAGUUUCCCUCGGCAGCAAGAUCAUUCACUAUACAAGUAUUGAAUGCUGGGUAUCAUCAGUCAAUUUACUACCUUGCAUCAGGAUUAAAGUAUGUAUUCCUGUGUGUCAUUGGUUCAGAAUAAGCGAUACUGUGCCUGUAUGUUGUCUAUAGUAAUAACUGUUGUAAUAGAGUGUCCCUAUCUCUUGCAUACCUGAGCACUUACAUAUGUCCAUAGAUUGCUGUUUCAUGGUCAGCAAGUCUUUGACUAAGCAUUUAUGUUUGCAGCUUGUAAAGGAUGCCCAUGCCUCACUCCCCUGGGGGAAAGUUUUGCCUUCUUCUUAAGACUGGAAAUAUGGAAUAGUACUUUCCUACUUAUUUACUUUGUCACUUGCUAAAAAUAGAUGUCUCAGCAGUGAGGGAGGUGGUCAGGCCGUGUGACUGGAUGUGGCCCCUUGCCGCAGUAAUAGAAACUUCAUCUGGCUGUCUUUGUUCCUUGUGGUCUCAGCACAAACACAUUUAUGGGCAAGUGGAUAUCUCAAGAGGGAGGGAGUAAAUUGUGUCCUCAGGCAAGAAAGUCUACCAAGAACUACUGUACGAAAGGGGUGAUCCAACUUUGAUUGACCUUGGAGAAGAAGACUUGUCAGGAUGUAAAACCCCUUCUCGCAGUGCCCCAGCAGAUACAGAGGAUCAGAAGAAAAGACAGUAAACUGGUUCUCUGAGGGCUAUCAGAAAGACCAUCUUGAAAGAUUAAUAUUGGGGAUCAGCUAAAGACUAGUUGGGAAGGACCAGAGACAAGGCCCAUGAGCACAAAACUAGCUACCAGGUAAGUUUCAGACUAGUGAGGCUUUUAAAUAAUGCAAGUAGACAAGGAAGGCUUCCUCAAGGUGUCACCAUGAAAAUGGACAGUGUGUUGCAUAUGAUCUUGUUAAAGAGUACUGGCAGUGGCCAUACGGGUGAAAUAAACUUGAUUGAACCAGAAUUUCUGGUGGAAAGAUUUUCCAAGACAUUGGAAGGAACUGGAACUAUUUCUAGACGUGUGGUUCAGGCCCCCAUCAAAUUUAUAAGAAUGCAGCUGGUCUCAUCCAAAAAGACUAUGCAAAACAAUUUUGCCGUGAGAAAAGAUGAAUGAAAAAUGAACACGACAGCACCCUUUUAUGGGAUCAGAGGACUAAUCCCCGAAGAACAAGAAUUACAACCAAUUCUGCUACUGUAACAUCCAAGAUAUGGACAAAAUUUCACAUUCUCUUCCCUUGGAGAAAUACCUGUGUCAUUUCCCUAGUUUUAUCCCUGUAGAUGUUCACAACAUAGGUAUGGGCAGAAAUCCUAUAUAAAUAUAUCUAUACGGAGACCUUGAAGAGCUGCAGUUUUUCUAAAUGGCCUCAAUUGUUGGGGAAUUGCAUCAGCUAUAAUUCUGUAUUGGCUGUUUUUUUUAACUGCAUGCCCUCUUAUGGAUAGAGUAUGGCUUCAGCUUCCAGGCAAUUAGUUCCCCUGUCUGACUUCAAUUUCAAGGACUCCCCCACCCCACCAACACACAACUUCACAUCUCCAGUAACUUAUGAUAGCAUUGUUUAUGUG